AUGUUCCAAGCUCGUAUCCCCUCCCUGGCCGCAAGACUGCCAUCAGUGCUGAGCAGGUCCACUCAGCUGUCCAGCAGAACGCUUGCUCGCCCACAUUGCUUCCGAACUAUCUCAACAACCCGACCGACGCGAGCAUCGGAAGCACCGAAACCACAGGUUGACGAAGCCCUGAUUAAGGCCCUGCAAGAAACCGAGGCAUAUAAAAAACUGUCGAAAAGUCAAAGUGCCAUUGAAGCUAUCAAAAAGUUUAUGAAUGUUCUUCAGAAGUCAGGCGUUGAUACCACGUCGGGGAAAAGGCCUUCCAUGCUCCAGAUGUCUAAGCUAAUGUUGAACUCUGAAUUCCGUGACGCUUCCAAAAACAUGAUUGAAGAGUUCCAAAAGGCAGGCCUCGAUCCAACCGACAAAGCCAUGAUUGACGAGCUUACAAACCUGAUGAAAAUGGGGAAAUUCUGA